GUCUGAACUUCGAGUUGAAGCGAAAGAUGCAGCAGGUCUGGGUGCAGAUUCGUAAGGGUUGGUACGGGGACCCGGCAUGGGCAGGCCAAAAGGGGGGCUGGAAGGCAGCCAACUAUUCAAAUCUGGAGGCACACGCCAUCGGGGAGAUGAACAAGUGGGUCAAGGAUGGUGAUACGGUGCUUUCUGGUACGAUAGGCGCUCUCAAUGUUCCGGCAGGGUACGACACAGACGACGUGUCGCCAGUGGAUGAUGUCGAGGAUGGGGUCGGGGAGGAGAUCGAGCAGGAAAGUUCGGGGUGGGAGGGGGGUGACGGCAACGACGUAAGUGAGACCUGA